GGGAACCGGUUCUAACGCCAUGCACUCUGAUCGAGUAUAUUUAUGUGGGUUAUUGUGUUGUUAAGAUUCAGAAACACGUAGUGUAAUAGUGUGUGUUUAACAGUGUAAAAAAUUCAAGCGAAUAUUUAAAGUCAUAUAUGUUGAAUUGGUGUUCACGUUGUCGUAUAUUACACAAGUCUAUAUAAAACAGCAAAUAUGUUACACAAUAUAUGUGAUAUUAGACCAACAAUGACUCUGCAACAUAAUGACUCAGGAAGGCAUGUUCGACGUAAAAGACGUCAAGCUGGCGAAGACGCAUUUACCUGUUCUCAGCAGUCUAUUCUCAGCGCAAUGGAUCGGUUCGUGACCUCUGUUAUCAGUAUGGACUCCACAGUUCUCGUUCCUUCUAGGUUGCGAGAUAUGGAGACUGAUGGAGGUAACAUAGAAAAACGACCUCCUCCUUUUAUUUCCAGUUCUGAUUUAUUUAGCUUUUACUUAACCCUAAACGAAAUUAAAAACGAACUGUUGUGGGGACCCGCCAAUAAUGGCACUUGUGCUACCAGUACCAGCUCACCGUCGGUGGUAGGAUCAAGUACAGAAACCACGAAGCAUACGCGGCACUCCUCUGCAGAAAGCACCGGAAUUGUCAGUGGAAGUUCUAUUUCAGACUCCGAUAGCCAGGGAGACAGCGACAUAGACAGUGUCACUAAUGAUCCUGACUCUGCUACUCGAGAUUCGCAGACGACACACCUUGCAACAGCCUACCGCUACCACCUGCAGAGUCUCCAAACCAUUUUACAUCAACUCGCUGAUUCUGCCGACUAUUUGUCGUCAAGAUAUCAGGAGGAAGUCGACGCAUCGGUGUUAUAGAGUGAAAUAUAAGGCUAGUUAAUAAUAACUUGCGGAAAUUUAGUUCCUGCCCCUGUUUUUUUUUUCCUGUAUCCUACUUAAUGUUAUGGCAGCUUAAAGUUAAAGCACUUAAGUGACUGAGAUUUUAAAUGCUAAAACAGUAAGUGUUUCAUUUGCAUUAAUUUAAACUUAAGAAACUUCUUUUGAAUUUAUAAAGAUUGUUUUUCUCCUUAAUUAUAUUUAUUACAAACUUUCUAAUACAUUAGUAGUUUCAAAGACUGAUGUUAAACACAGAAUAGUUAGGUGUGUACCGAGUACUGCUAGUUUGCGCUGAUUGUUAGUCAGCGUAGAAUUUGAAAAUAAAAUCUUGUAAUAUUAUAUUUAGAUUAUUUGGUAGAGGUUAGGAUGUAAGAUCCAGUUUCUGAGUUAUUUCAUUCUGUGAUUGCAGUUAAUAAAAUGCUAUAAUGUUAUUACCAAAGACACACGUCCAAAGAUAAGCGAACCUUAUUUGAUACUUGCAUUAGACUGAAUUUACAGAGGUAUAUUUAAAUUUUAUUUAUGAAUUUCAACUUAAUACUUUUUAAAAUGCAUUAUAACUCAGUUAAACUUAAAAGCAGACUCUUUGAUACAUACUUUAUAUUAAUAAUGAAAUAAACAGUCAUGUAUUCCUUAGAAACGCAUUUUUUUUCGCGUUUUACUGCAAUUUUUCCGUCUCGACUUUUCAAAAAGGAACAUGGUCAUUAUGUCACAAAAUUACGCUUCGAGACGCUAGAUCCUAAAAUAGUGAACUAAAUUUCUUUUUCGGGGUGGGUGGGAGAUAUUUCGGUGUUUUUUUUUCUUCUUACAAAACGCUAUCUUAUACAAUUAAUUUCUUGUUUCGUGUGUUUGUAUUAUCUUAUUUGAACUUUGAAGAUAAGUCAUACAUAAGACAUUCAAAAAAUACCUUGAUUGACGAUGUCACAAAACAAAUCGUGAAGCCUAACAAUAUGUUGAUUGAGUGUGUGUAUAUGGAACUGAGAACUUGGGUUAAAAGUUAGUCACUUGUAUAUUUUGAGGUAAAACAACCUUUUCUAAACCUUGACAACUCAUCUGAAUGCGAUUUACUGGAAUAAUUCGUAUUCCCAUAAUUAGGAGAUGCAACUUUACAUGUACAUCUGUAACGCUAUACUUGUGUUAUUUCUUUAAGCAUGUUGAGUGAGCACUUUUAAACUAAUGUGAUCUUCUACUUGCUCAGUGAAAAUCAGUGUGAUGUAUCUGGUAUUAAAGUUAUUGUUCCAUUAAAAUCAGUCUCAAGUGAA